AUGGGAUUGAAGGGAAAUCCAGGUAUUCCAGGCAAAGUUGGUCCGCAGGGUCAGAAAGGAGAUCAAGGUGAUAAAGGAGCUGAAGGCAAACCAGGCCCUCAAGGAUUAAAAGGGGAAAAAGGUGCCAAUGGUACACCAGGGACCACAGGAGCUCCAGGCACUCCAGGCGCUAAAGGUACAAUCGGCCCUCCCGGAGUUUCAAUUACUGGAGCUUCUGGGGCAAAAGGAGACAAAGGAGAUACAGGCUUGCAAGGUCCAAAGGGGGACAAAGGGCCAUUAGGAGGUAUGGGAGCAACAGGUGCUCCUGGAGCUGCUGGUCUGAAGGGUGCUGCAGGUGCAACAGGAUCUCCUGGAAUUCAAGGAGUUAAGGGAGCUGCUGGUGCCAAAGGAGACAAAGGAGAUCAAGGACCACAGGGACUCAAAGGUAGUGCUGGAGUGACUGGUGCUAAAGGGGAUACAGGAGUGCCUGGAGUUCCAGGUGCUAAAGGGGCUACAGGUACAAAUGGACCACCUGGAAUUACAGGGCCAAAGGGAUCUGAAGGAACCAAGGGAGCCAAGGGAGAACCAGGUGUUCAAGGACUAAAGGGAGAAAGAGGACUGCCUGGUGCCAACGGAGCUUCAGGCGCUCCUGGAAUUGCAGGUGCCAAAGGUGCUACUAGUGCUCCAGGGUCUCCUGGUAUUGCAGGAAUAAAGGGAAGUGCUGGUGCCAAAGGAGAUAAAGGAGAUCCAGGUACACAAGGCAUAAAAGGAGACAGAGGCCCAGUAGGUUCAGGAGGGGCAGCAGGGUCUCCAGGAUUGGCUGGCUCAAAAGGUGCCACAGGGAUUCCAGGGACACCGGGAGCUAAAGGAGCUACUGGUACAAAAGGAGACAAGGGAGAUUCAGAUGCUUCCAUUUCAACUAAAAUUACAAAUCUGGAAAAUAAAAUAGCAGCACUAGAAAGGAGCCUCGUCUCUCUUAGGAAAGCAUGCUACUUCCAAAGUGGAGCAGUGAUAUCAGGAAACAAAAUAUAUGUAGCUAAUGGAAAAGAAGGUAAUUAUGACACUGCCCAAGCCAUUUGCCAAGGGGCACAAGGCACAGUGCCAGCCCCUUUGAAUAGUGCUGAAAAUGCCGCCAUUCUUCAGGUUGUCAAAGCAAGGAACCGAAGAUUUUUUCUUGGAAUAAAUGACAAAAAACAAGAAGGUGCUUUUGUAUAUGUCAAUGGCAAUCAAAUUUCUUACAAAAAUUGGUUCACAAAGGAACCAAAUGGAGGAAAAAAUGAAAAUUGUGUAGAAAUAACUGAACAAGGACAAUGGAUUGAUAAGAGCUGUGACCAGAGAAACAUAAUUGUCUGUGAAUUUUCAUAAUGUUCAAGUUCAACG